AUGGGAUCGCUGAUUCUCCCGGAGCUCAGCUCGGAUUUCAAAUUCACGGCGAAAUCGUGCGUCCGGCGGACAAUCGGCGGCGAGACUUUGCCGCAUGUCUCGAGGAUCCGCGUCGUGUCCGAGAAAAUUCUGAAGCUCGAGGACUACGCCAGUAGGCUCCGAGAUGAGAUGAAGAAGGUCGACGCCUUCAAGCGGGAGCUUCCUCUGUGCUUGCUCCUCCUUCGAGAUGCAAUUGUAGCGACCGAGGAUGAAUUAGCUCAGUGCAGGAAAUCAAGUGCUGAGCCUGUGUUGGAAGAAUUCAUACCCAUGAAAAGGAUCUGUAGAGAUGAAGGAUUUGAUAAAGUCGAGAGCCGUCGAGAUAGGGAAGAUAGCUGCAGAGAUAAAAUGAAUUGGAUGAGCUCUGUGCAGUUAUGGAACUCUGACGAUCAUCCUUCUCCAGAUACCGAGCUUAACAGCGACAAACUCACCUUAAAACUCGACGAUACCAAUAGAAAAAGAACGGAAGAGGAAAUGAAUUUGUUUCAGAAUGUUAAAAGCAGGACAGUGGUAAAGCCCUUGGUACCCUUUGCCGGUUGUACUAAUUUUCCGGUGAUGUCAAAAGGAAAAGAUGACCGGCAUGAAUUUCCCAUUCCGAAUCUCUCUCUAUGCACACCUGAACUGAAAAGCUCGAUAGAAGGACUUAAUUCUAUUGGUUUCAGUCCGAAAUCGUGUUCCAGCAGAUCAGGAUCUCCUUCAUCUGCUAAUGUACAAUCGAAUUUAAGGACCGGAGAUCAUCAAUCUGCUAGGAAGCAAAGACGGUGCUGGUCGCCUGAUUUGCAUCGCCAGUUUAUCAAUGCCCUGCAGCAGCUUGGAGGCGCCCAAGUUGCUACCCCGAAGCAGAUUAGAGAGCUUAUGCAAGUUGACGGCCUCACCAACGAUGAAGUGAAGAGUCAUUUGCAAAAAUAUCGUCUUCACAGUCGAAGGCUCUCAGGAAACUCUUCUUCUCAAUCGGUUGGAGUGUGGAUGCCCGAAGAACAUUGCAACGAAUCACGAAAGCGUUUGCAUUCGGGCUCGCCCGAAGGCCCAUUCCAUUUGGAAGGCACUUCUGGAGGAAAUGAAGACGAAUAUGAUGAAAACUAUGAGCAUUCGAUUGUGCGGGGGAGAUAA